AAUGUUGAGAACCGCAUAUUGGCGGCCGGAUUUCUAAUCUGCGUCGCCUUUAGCUAUACUCAAGUACCGCUCAUGUAUGUUUUCCAUCUUAUGGUAUGCGACGAAUUCUACGACCAUAACCCUCCCUUUGAAGGCCCCGGCCAGCGAUGCAGCCGCGACGAAAUCGCAGCGGGGACCGCCGCUCAAUUUAGUAUUCUAGGAAUGAGCACAACACUCUGUGGAACCCUCAACCUUUUUAUUGCAGGCUGGACUGUCAAAAAGAUUGGCCCCCGCGCUGCUCUCAUGAUUCAAACUUUCGUGCCUGCUCUUCGAGUCCUUGCACAAAUCCUCGGAGUUAUAGCCGGCAAGCGAACAGGCAUUUUGAUCAUCCAGGCCACGCAGCUUGUUACCAUUAUUGGCGGGCCAGCGGGAUACAUUCUCAUCACCAACAUCUUUGUUAGUGAGCUUGUCGAGCCUUCUCGGCGGACGGUUGUCUUUGGCAAGCUACAAGGAAGCAUCAUGCUUGGACAGAGCGUUGGAUAUUUAGCCGGCGGAAUGGUUGGAGAUGCAAUCGAUAUCCGUGCCCCUUUUGACAUUGCCUUCAUCACCUUUCUUCUAUCCUGCGCCUACAUACACUUUGCACUCCCAUACAUCUCUCCCGAUUCCAUGAGCAGCAAGAAGAAGCCCAACCAGCAGGGUAUUGCCGGCUUCUUCGCCCCGCUCAAGAUUCUUGUGCCCCAGCGCGUGAGAACAUCAAGCGGCAGUAUCAAGAAGCACUACGGCGUCAUCAUUCUCUGCGCCGGAAUCUUUCUUGGAGUGCUCGCAACGGAUUAUGCCCCUCUCUUAACCCAACUGUAUGCUACCGCGGCAUUCGACUUUGAUCAAGGAGACAAUGGAUGGCUCAUGUUCGAAUUCGCCUUCAUGCGGAGUGUAUUCCUCAUUCUCCUGUUCCCCCGAAUCAUCUCUUUCGGACGCUACAUACUCAAGCGCAACUUCACCUCAGAAUCUGAAGACACAGAUGAUUCGUCCGUUUCCACAGCGGAUGAUCAGCUACCUACUGAACCUGGAGAAUUUGAUGCGGCCACAGGUGAGCAGGCGGAUCUCGAGCCAAUCAGGCCAAUCUCUUCAAAGCACCACCGCGAGGUCGGCCACUUUGACCUCAUCUUCCUACGAUGGAGUCUUGUCGUUGACGGUGCACUCACCACUGUUGUUGCGUUUGCCACCAAAAGAUGGCACAUUUAUCUUGCCGCUUUCCUCCUCCCAUUCGGCUCUGGCUCUGCACCAGCGGCCAAAGGCGUCAUCACCGACAUGUGUUCAGAGUCUCAUCGCGCGGAUGCCCUAAACGCAGUGACCCUGGUAGAAAAUAUUGCUAGAUUAACGACACAGGGACUAUUUGGGUUGAUCUUCUCGAGCCUGGCGAGUGUGGGGAAAGCAUAUGCAACGUUUUACUGCAAUGCGGCGAUCGCUGUCAUUGGAAUGGCAGUGCUGCUAUUUUCCAAUUUCCCACCUCCGGGUAGUACGCUUAUUGACGAGGAAAGUGAAGGGAUAGAU